AUGAAUAUCGUUGAAUCUGAUGAAUAUGUUAGCCAAUUCGUGCAUUUAAAAAUGAUGGCGAUAGAGAAAUGUUGUAAUUUAACAGACUUAAGUAGAAUUAAUCAAAGUCAGUGGUUGAUUUGUGAUGUUCUGUUGAGAGAUUGUGAAGCAGAAGAAGACGUUAUAAGCGUCGCUGUGGCAAAUAUUAAUGUUUUAAAACAUAUUAAUUUAACAAAAGUGUUGAUGGAAGAAAUAGCAAAUUUAACGUCAGCAAAUGAUAGUGAUGGAAGUGUAAAACCUUUACUAAGUGCAGAAUUUAACGUAAGUUUGAUUGAUAAGUAGCUUCGUAUAGAAAACAUUUAAUGAUAGACAGCAGAUUGUGUAUAACUAUUGUUAUGAAGGUAACAUAUAAUGAAAACUAUUCAUCGCACGAAUUGUACUCACUAAUAUAGCAUAUAUGAACAAAAUCGUAAGAUGUAUACAAGUGCUUGGUGAUAGAUAACGUGUAAAAUAAAACAAAAAAACGCUGUGUUUCAAUUACAAGUCUUCAAACUCAUGUUCUUCUUCCAUACGAUACCAGUUUUUCUUAAAGUAUGUAAUCACCUCAUCUUCGUCAUCGUUAUCAGUUAAAUCUUCGUCUUCUACGGUGUCCAUUUUUAUUUGUUCUUUUUCGAAUUCAUAAAGAAUAGUUUUCAUGUCAGAUUUUUCAAAACCUAAUAAUACUUGAAUGAGUCUGUUACGAAUUAUCUGUUUCAAAUAUUUGCC